UUGGUCUCUGUAAGCAAACCACUAAUUUUAAAGUAUCGUUGAAGUUUCUUUAAAAGAGAAACUGACUAGUUUAUGAAUUAAUGAGUGCGACAGCCCUAGCAGUCAGCUGACACACAAAAACAAAGUAUAAGGCGAAACAAACUACGCAAAAACACACAAGAAGGAAGCCCUAUUUUUGUUUUGUGUACAAAAAAAAACAAAAUAAAAACAGACAUGGGUGUGUGCCUAUCCUGCUGCGGCAACAGUGCCGAGGAAGCCAAUCUCAUGCCCUCACCGGAGGAGCGCCGCCAGCAGCAACUGGACGCUGCGGAAAAGCGUCGCCAGGAGAACGAGUCGCGUGGAAUUAAAAAUCCCGAGAACCUGCGCAGGCAGCAGCAGAAGGCAUUGGAGCAGGAACGUCGCGAACGGGAGGCGGACCGCCAAGGCCAAGGACAGCCCACCCUGAAGUGGCAGACUACUUAAGGCUACAGUGAAUGAAGUCCCCACCGCAGCUGCCUCUGUCCGGCUGCUUUUAAAGCGCUAGACGACGGACGCCCUUCAUCUUGUAUGACGCUAUCGAAGCUAUCCGGGUGCCAGGGUACAUUGCUUUUUGUAUAUCUUUAUAAAUUGUUUAUUUGUUAGCCAUCUUUGUACCUUAUCUAUUGUAUAUUUAUACACGUCUACAUCUACCUUCGAAGCACACUCCAAGUUUUUUUAAAAGGCGUUUUUAAAAACUGUGUACCAAAUUACUACCAAAAAUAAAAAGACCACGAAAACUACAUCAAAGAACAAAAAAAAGUAUAUUCAUAUAAAGAGAUCUGAAAAUUAAAAGAUUUAUUCCUCACUGUUACAUCGAACCAUAGAUAAACAAAUUAUAAACUAAAAACUAAGUAGCAAUCAUAGAUGAAAAAGAGAUCUAGAGAUUUCAAAUGAAGAAUAUUGAAUAAUAUUAAAAAAAUUAAAUUUAAAAACCAAACUAAAAAUCGUUGAUAUAUGAAGAAAAACAGAUACUAGUUUAGCGGGUCUUAAAAGUAAAAGAUUCCUGAUAAAUCAAACCAUAAAAAAUACCAAUAGAAUUAAGAGAUUUCAAAUUGAGAAUAAAUAUACAAAAAAAUUUAAA